AUGGCGGAGUGGGGUGGGCACCGGCCGCCGCGGCUCUCCAGGCCCCUCCGGAGAAACCGGCUCCCGAGGCGCACCGUUCGGGCCUUUGGUCCCAGUGGCUGCGCGCGGCUCCAGAAGGCCCCGGGCGACCGCCAGGUACCUGGCGGCCCAGAGGCCCUGGCACGGGGUCCCAGGGGGCAAGGGAGUGCCCCGGGCGGCUCUAGCAGGUGCAGGGGUCAGCCCCGCGGGGCCGGGGACGCCGACGGGACAGCACCCGCCGGACCCGGGACCCCGCGCCGCCGGCCGAACCUCGCUCCGCGCGAGCACAGGCUGGGAGACGCCCGGGGCGCCGGCCGCGGGAAGGGAGGCUGCUGGGGGAGGAGUCGGUGCCGCCGGACGGUUGGGGACCAGGGUCCGCGCAGCAGAGGGACGGGGCGAGUCGGGGCGCCCAGCUCUGCCCGCGAGUCCCAGUGCUGCGCCCGGCGCGCCCGCCGCCCCGCUCCCUCCCCGCCCGCCGCUCCCCCGGGGCAGACGCGGGGACACCGGGACCGGUUCCUCCGGGCAGCCGCCGUCUUGGGCCCGCGAAACCCGGAGCCCGGACGUGUCCCCGCUCCCACGCGUCCGAGGCCCCGGGAUGCGCGAGGUCCCCGGCGGAGAGGAGCUGCGCGGGCGGCCGGGUCCGGGGGCGGGGGCGGGGACGGGGGCGCGCCCGGGUCUGGUCCUCCGCCCACCCGGGGCGGGGAGGGGGCGGGGCGGGGCGGGGCGGGCCUGCGACACCAUAAGAGCCCCGAGGCCGCGGCCGCCCGGCGCUGCGGGACCCGAGCCGGCGCUGGAGCUUUCGCGGGCGCCCGGCGGCGGGACCCCAGCGCGGCGACGAGUCCGGGGCGGGCAGGCCGGAGGAGGACGCACCGAGUCCGAGUCCCCAGGCUGCGCACCAGUGAGAGCCAGCGCCCGGAGGUGCCGAUGUCUUCCGGCGUGGCCCCAGCUAAGGAGCCCAACGCUACGGGCCCCAAGGCCGUGGAACUUGUCCUGGUCAAGGAGCAGAAUGGGGUGCAGUUCACAAGCUCCACCCUCAUCAACCCCACGCAGACGCCCGUGGAGACCCAAGAACGAGAGACCUGGAGCAAGAAGGUCGACUUCCUCCUGUCGGUGGUCGGCUUUGCCGUGGACCUGGCCAACGUCUGGCGGUUCCCCUACCUGUGCUACAAAAACGGCGGCGGCGCCUUCCUGGUCCCCUACCUGCUCUUCAUGGCCAUUGCUGGGGUGCCGCUCUUCUACAUGGAGCUGGCCCUGGGGCAGUUCACCAGGGAAGGGGCCGCUGGCGUCUGGAAGAUCUGCCCCCUGCUGAAAGGCGUGGGCUUCACGGUCAUCCUCAUCUCCCUGUACGUGGGCUUCUUCUACAACGUCAUCAUCGCCUGGGCGCUGCACUACUUCUUCUCCUCCUUCGCCGCGGAGCUGCCGUGGGUCCACUGCAACAACACGUGGAACAGCCCCGACUGCGUGGACGCGCGCUCCACCGGCCCCGGCUCGGGCCCCAACCGCACCCUCCACACCACGCCCGCCACCGAGUACUUCGAGCGAGGCGUGCUGCACCUUCACGAGAGCCGUGGCAUCGACGACUUGGGCCCCCCUCGGUGGCAGCUCACAUCCUGCCUGGUGCUGGUCAUCAUCCUCCUCUACUUUAGCUUGUGGAAGGGAGUGAAGACUUCUGGGAAGCCCGGAGUCCGUCGGCUACACGCCGACUACGCGUGCGUUUGCGCACCCAGUGCAAAUUCAGUGCGUCUCACUCAUCAGGGACUCAGCCCCUCCCGCCCACUGCUGCCGACCAAAUGCAGAAGAGGAAUGUCCCUUCUCUGCCAAACGGUUGUGUGGAUCACGGCCACCAUGCCGUACGCCGUCCUCUUUGCCCUGCUUCUUCGAGGACUCACUCUCCCUGGGGCCGUCGACGGCAUCCGAGCGUACCUGAGCGUAGACUUCCACCGACUCUGCGAGUCUUCUGUCUGGAUAGAUGCCGCCACCCAGGUGUGCUUCUCGCUGGGCGUCGGCUUCGGGGUGCUGAUCGCCUUCUCCAGCUACAAUAAGUUCACCAACAACUGCUACAGAGACGCGGUCAUCACCACUUCGGUCAAUUCCCUGACGAGCUUCUCCUCCGGCUUCGUGGUCUUCUCCUUCCUGGGGUACAUGGCCCAGAAGCACAGCGUGCCCAUCGGAGACGUGGCCAAGGACGGGCCCGGGCUGAUCUUCAUCAUCUACCCCGAGGCGCUGGCCACGCUCCCGCUGUCCUCGGCCUGGGCCGUGGUUUUCUUCAUCAUGCUGCUCACCCUGGGGAUCGACAGCGCCAUGGGCGGCAUGGAGUCGGUGAUCACCGGGCUCACCGACGAGUUCCAGCUGCUGCACCGGCACCGGGAGCUCUUCACCCUCUCCAUCGUCCUGGCGACCUUCUUCCUCUCCCUCUUCUGCGUCACCAACGGGGGCAUCUACGUGUUCACGCUGCUGGACCACUUCGCGGCCGGCACGUCCAUCCUCUUUGGAGUGCUCAUCGAGGCCAUCGGGGUGGCCUGGUUCUACGGCGUGCGGCAGUUCAGCGACGACAUCCAGCAGAUGACCGGGCGGCGGCCCAGCCUGUACUGGAGGCUGUGCUGGAAGUUCGUGAGCCCCUGCUUCCUCCUGUUUGUGGUCGUGGUGAGUGUCGUGACCUUCAGGCCCCCGCACUACGGAGCCUACGCCUUCCCCAAGUGGGCCAAUGCCCUGGGCUGGGCCAUCGCCUCGUCCUCCAUGUGUAUGGUGCCCGUCUACGCGGCCUACAAGCUCUGCAGUCUGCCCGGCUCCCUGCGGGAGAAACUGGCAUACGCCAUCACACCCGAGCAGGAGCGCGAGCUGGUGGACAGCGGGGAGGUGCGCCAGUUCAGGCUGCGCCACUGGCUCCUGGUGUAGAGGACGCAGAGGCCGGGGGGCCCCGCCGCGGGAAGCCGGGCUUCGGGAGAGACGGCUGCUCGGAGGCUCCCCCUUCUGCAUUCCCGGGACCGCACCACGCAGAGGCUCAGCCCUGACCCCCUGCGCCCCUUCCUUGCCGCCAGGACGGGACCGGCCGUCCGUGCUGUGUCGCCGCGAUAACUUGCCGUAGAUCUGUGCCGUCCCCGCAGGUAGAAGACGUCCGUCCGUCCGUCCGUCCGUCCGCGUUCCGUGUGUGCCCCGCCAGCUCCCCUCCCCGGCCGCCCUGCAGCGCGGGUCCUGCUGUCGCCCGUGUGUUGAGGAGAAAAGUGGUAAUUGUGGAUGCCGAGAGCCCAGUGCUUGUAACUUCCUGGGUUCGGUUUGGGCUCAAAUUAAGAAAGCCCAUUGUCAUAUUUCGCCUCAUUGUGCAGAAGGCACAGCGGGGAAACCGCACAAGGCAACAAACUGGGGGCCACCAUGUGUCUCCACGCCACGCACCCAGUCGGUCGCGGCCCCCCAAGGGUCCCGGCGUGUGCAGCGCGGAUGCUCUGUAUUUCCUUCUAGCCAAGAGAAAUAAAACCCCGGGGAGUCCGAGUGAACCCCAGUCAGCCGUGGCCACCUCACGUGGACCCCCGGCCGUGGGAGAAGGCGUGCUCCUCACGUGUGGAGCACGUGCCCACCUGGCGGGCCCUGACCACACAGCGUGCCCGUGGCAGGCGGCCUGGAGACCUGGGCCCUGGCGAGGAAGGCCCCCGGGACUUGAUUUCUCCCAGGCACACGUCGCAUCAGUAACAACACCGUUGACGUUAGGGAAUGGCUGUUUUAAAUCCUUUUUCCCUGUGAAUCAAAGCCGGUUCUCAGAACGCAGGGUUGGUUUCUGAACAUCUGCUUGCCAACGUUCCAGUUGUCGGUUAAGGAAUAUCAGCCACGCCGGUGCAGACCGCGGCCCGCGUCGCCUGGAGGGAAGCAGCUGCCGGAAGUCAGAACCCUGCCGCGUGGUGGCCCAGCGAGGGGACCCUGGUGCCCGGGGCCGAGGAGCUCCCCGCGCAGGGAAACCAGCUCGUGGGCUGUCGGGGGUCAUGGCCAACAGGAACCGGGUCUACCUCCUUCUGAGGAGCUGAGUACUCUGCAUAGAUAACGGGUGUCGCAUCUGUCUGUCUGUGUCCGUGGUCGGCAUCUUGUGUGACGCAUCACCAACAAUAAAUCCGUGUGGGAAAAACCA